AUGUCAAACGCAGGCACCACAACCAUCUUACCAGAAGAGAUGGGUAAACCCCUCGAAGAAUCUCUGGACCAUCUAGUUGAGAACUCCAAUACGGUUUCUCUGGGAGGUGGAAAAGAUGUACUAGCUCCGAGUGAACAGAGGGCAGCAGAGACAGAGGACACUCAGGCUGACGCUAUACAUUCUCAUGGUGGGCACUCAAGGAAAUGGCUCAAAAAGUUCUUCCCAUCCGAGGAGACUAUGGAUAGGCUAUUCUCGAUGGAACAUAUGGGUAACUACGUUAUUGAUCGAGUGACUGGAAAGAAAAUAUUCGAGACUAUGCCGAUAUAUGUCAGAGUCGGAAUGCAUCUCUUAUUCGUAUCAGGUUGUAGCUACAUGUCAUAUUCGUCAGUCGAGAAAUUACUGGAAAAUCAAUCGAUUAAACAGGGCAAGAUAUAUGAUCAAACUGGACCAGAAGUCAGAGAACAUAUCGAAACAUUCAUCAAAACGUAUGAGCUACCUCUGGAGGAAUUGUUGGUCAAAGACCUUGAUCAGUAUCCGACUUUUAACUCUUUCUUCUCUCGUCGAUUGGUUCCUACAGCUAGACCUAUAACCUCCCCCAAUGAUCCUAGUAUAGUGAUUAGUCCCGCAGACUGUAGGAUGACGGUAUUCAAUACUGUCGACAAGGCUAAGCAGCUGUGGAUCAAAGGGAAACAAUUCACCUUACCAUCCCUCCUCACGGGCGAUGACGAUACGGAAACUAGAUUUAAGGAAAUCCAAAAUGAUUCUACUGCUGCUAUUUCCAUUGCUAGAUUGGCUCCUCAGGAUUAUCAUAGAUUCCAUUCGCCCGUCGAAGGUGUUGUAGGUGAUAUAAAGGAUAUACAUGCUGUCAACCCUCAAGCUAUCAAUGAAGACCUCAACGUGUUCACACUGAACAAACGAUCUGUCAUGCUUAUACAUGCUAAUUUCGGACCAGGUAGAGAGAGUGUUCCAAUUGCGUUCGUAGCUAUUGGCGCAAUGUUGGUGGGUUCCAUCGGAUGGUCCAAGAAACCAGGCGACAAAGUAGUGAAAGGAGAAGAAUUAGGUUGGUUCCAAUAUGGUGGAAGUACGACGAUCACCGUUUUCCCAUCGAAAUCGGGUGUAGCAUUUGAUGAUGAUGUGGUGAGGAAUUCGGAGAAUGGAAUGGAAACUUUGGUAAGGGUCGGUAUGGAGAUUGGUAAAGUGCAACCAUAA